UUCCAUAUAUGCAUUUCGGACUUAUAUAAAUGUUAAAUCCCUCUUCAGUGCAAUACUAUGGUUCUGUCUUCUAAAACCACAGUGUCUAAUGGGUAACAUUGGAAAGAUCUUAAAAUACAGCCAUUAAAAACACCACAAAUACAUUUUCCAGCAUUAAUAUGGAAAACCUGUUUUCUCGAUUCAUUUGUUUCCAAUAUUCUCUUAAAUAUCACUUUUGGUAGCUGUUAUAAAAUAUCUUAUUCUUAUCAGAAUCUAGUAUUCUAUAAAAAAAAGUUGACACACAUUUUGUAGAACAGUGUAGGACAACAAGUUAAGAUUUAAAUAUAGAUAUGUAUAUGGUAAUAUUAAGAUAUCUUCAGUAAUGAGAGUUAUAAGGUUUCUUUUUUAUGUCACAUUAUUAUUUUUUAUAGGGUGUGGCUUUUGGUAUGCUGUUUGGCUUUGCCUAUCAUCUUUUAAAACAAUAUAGAUUCCUUGAUGAUCAUAAUCAUGGAAAUCUGUUUUCUAGAGGAAUAACGCUUACUGCUACUUUGGCAUCUUUUGUAGGAAUAGGUAUAUAUGCAACGUUUGCCUUUCUUUGUCGUAAUAAACCAGAAUGUAAUGAAGUUCAUCCUUAUAUUUCAUUUGUUCCUAUAAUUUCAUAUAUAAUUCUUAGGAAUAUAAGUGGUCUACUUCGUACAAGGUAUAGUACAUUCUUUGCUUGGUUCGGAAGGAUAUCAUUAGAGGUAAAUUUCAAUUUAUUUCCUAGAAUAAAAGAAAUUCUGAUAUUCUGUGGAAAUUGAAGUUUUUGAAAUUGAUUGAUUGAUUAAAUAUUUAUAUAUAAAUAUAUUAAAUAUAACAUAUUUCCAAGAAUAUUUGAGUUUUAUUUAUAUCAAUCAAAAUUCAUUAUAAAAAAAUUGAAAUACAAGAACAUACUGUACCUUUAAAAGCAUGUUAAAUUUUUCAACAAUGUAAAAUUUAUGAUCAAUAGAAUCAAUCAAACUAUUCAAAUAUUUUGUCAAUUUUCCUGAAAAAUAUUUUUAAAAAUAUGAAAAAUUAAUGU